AUGAGUUCUUUAGAGAAGGGAACUCAACAUGAGAUUGAGAAGGAGGAUGAAGCAGGCCUUCAUGCAAUAACAGUAUCAACCUCUUUUGCCCUCCCAUUUGUUUUGCAUGCUGCUAAUGAACUUGACCUAUUCGAUAUCAUUGCCAAAGCAGGCCAUGGUGCUUGUAUCUCACCCAGAGAGAUUGUUUCCCACCUCCCAACCAACAAUCCUGAUGCGUCCUCUGCGGUCGAUCGUCUACUGCAAUUACUUGCUGCUCACUCAAUGGUAACUUGUUCUACAAAUAUCCUUGCAGAUGGGCACGUUGAGAGGCUUUACGGACUAUCAGCCGCUGGCAAGUUCUUUGUUAAAGACGAAAAUAGAUUCUCACUUGCUCAAACUCUUGCCCUCUCAUUCCACCGAAAAUAUAUCGCGGCUUGGUGCAACAUAAAAGAUGCAGUCCUAGGAGGUGGCGUUCCUAUCCAAAAUGUUACUGGCAUGUCAUUGUUUGAGUUAAUUAGAACAGAUCCAGAGUUCGGCGAGCUUUUCAACAUGUCAAUGGCCGCUCACUCAGCCACGAUAGUGAAAAGGUUGCUCCGCAAAUACAAGGGUUUUGAAGGCUUUCGUUCAAUAGUCGAUGUUGGUGGUGGUCAUGGCGCCACCCUCAAUAUGAUCGUCUCUGAGUAUCCUUCUAUUACAGCCAUUAACUUUGACUUGCCCAAUGUUAUAGAUACUGCACCAUGUUAUGAAGGUAUCGAACAUGUUGGAGGAGACAUGUUCCUUGAAGUUCCACGAGGAGAAGGAAUUGUGAUGAAAUAUAUAUUGCACAAUUGGAGUGAUGACAAAUGCGUGAAGCUCUUGAAAAACUGCUAUAAAGCUCUGCUAGCCAAUGGGAAGGUGAUCAUCAUGGAUCAUAUUCUGGCAAAGGUCCCUCAGAUUGAUAAUGACGGAAAGUGUGCGACCCACUUAGAUAGUAUCAUGUUCACCAUGGUUGGUGGGAAGGAAAGGACAGAAGAAGAGUUCAAGACCUUGGCAAGAAGAGCUGGAUUUUCAAAGUUUGGAGUUGUUUGUCAUGCUUUUGCAAUAUCCAUUAUGGAACUCACCAAAUAA